UCUGUUAAUUCAAAUUCCUCGAGCAAAGGGGGAAGAGCGGUUUUCUUUCUCGGUAUGACACUAAAAAUUGGGAAUAGAUUCAUCACCCCCUCGGCACCAAUUUAUUUUGUGUUGCAGUGAUUUGUACUCAACUUCUUCAUCACCAAACUUGUAAGGUUUUCAAUAAUCAGAUGGAUGCCAAGGAUAUAGAAUUAGAUCUUCUAGCCCUACAAAGAUUAUAUGGGCUUUUAAACGGAGAUGGACAGUCAACAGCAACUAAUGAUAAGGGACAGUUGGAUGAGCACGCACGACUCCUGUUAAAGAAUUUAUUGGAUACAGAAGCUCAAAGAGUCUUUAAGGCACAUUCAGAGAUAAUAGCAGGUCAAUUGCGUGUAAUUGACAUGAAUAGAGAAAGAAAUGGUAGUGUUUGUGCCAGUGGAUCUGACUAUAGAAAGAAACGUUGCAGGGUUUGUCAAGGAAGCACUUUAAAGCAGCUUAAACCUAUUGAAGAUACAAAAUUUUAUGAUGACGAGACACAAAAUCCAAAAGAAGUUGUCAACUUUCAGAAUCAGCAGAAAAAUCAAUUCAAUCAUUUUCUUUGGGACAAAGAGCAGAGAAUGGGAUCGAUGGUGCAGUAUAAAGUUGAUGAAUCCUUAAACAGUGAAAAUGAAAGGAAGAUCGAAACUUAUGACAGCAAAUUGAAUGGUGUAGAAUCUACAGCUUUUUCAUCUAACAGGGUGAUUAUUGGAGCUGAUGAAAUAUGUAAUUUUACCACAGAAAUUUCAAAAGAACCCUUUGAGAUUGAUUAUUUAUCAAAAGAAGCUUCUGAAGCAAUCAAACAAAUUGAGUUGCGUAUUUCAGCAUUGCAACUAGGUGCCGAGCUUUCACAAAAAAAGGAUUAUGUUCAAGAAACCAAGUCGCCUGGUCCUGUUCUGCAGACAACUAAUGGAGUUGUCCCACUUAUUGAACUGAGUCGAGACAGAGAAAGUUUAGUUGCUGGAAAUGACAUCCAGUAUAAACUUACAAGUCAAAGACUUGAGGAUCCUUUCGAAUCUCCAUUCUACCAGGUGCCUAUUAGGACGACAAAUCAGCUAAAAGAGAUGAAACUGCCAAAUUUGAUGUCAAGUCAUCCUUCCAACAUGGUUCAACGUCCUGAUAGCAUGUUGGGCCAAUCAACAUCUUCUGUAAUAAGGAGCAGAGGCCCUACAAUGGGACAUGAUACACUGGAGAAAUUUGGCAAGUCCACUGAAGAACUUGAGAGCUUUACCAAUUGGCCUGCCUAUUUUUCGUCUCAGACUAAAAGGGAAAGUCCGUAUCAAAACCAAAUGUCAAUGAAAGAGAGAAUCAGUAAACACGAAACUUUCCAACCGUAUAUGCCAUUCACAAGUGCCACAGAUUUUGGGAAAAACUACAGAAAUAUUCAGUCAGUUGUUAGUGCACAAAAGGUUACCCAGCGGUUCCCACACAAGAUUAUGGGGUCAAAUUCAAUGGAUAAGCCUGCCAAACUUUUAUUGCCUUCGAGUUUUCAUGAAUAUCAGUCAGACCAACAUCAUGAUGGAGUUUCAACUAAAACUAAGUAUAAGAGCCCACUGAGAAAUAUAGCUUCACGUCAUCAAGAAUUAGAGGGUACACCUUCAAGUUCUUACUCCUCAAACUGGAUAAGUCGGCAAGCUAGCAGUCUUGGUAGUGAAAGUGAAGAGCGUUCGAUCUCAGCUCCGAAUAGAAGGAUACGCUACAUGAGUUCCGGUUCCACCAGUGAUAGCACAGAUUACUUUCCAUCACACGACACUGAAAGCCAUUACACCAGCUAUACAAGCAAUAGUGAGGACGAGGUUUACUCGUCCGACAGUAGUGCUGGAGCUGAUCAAGUGACUUCAAGUAGUGGCCACAAUAGUGUGGGGAACUCAUUGUAUGAUCAGCCAAUCCGUCAUCACACGGGACCCUCAUACUUGUCCAUGAAGUCCAUAACUAGAAGAUCGGGUCCUACAAAGAUCCGGAAAUCAGCUCAUAGGAUAAGCCAAGAGGAACAGAGCGGAAAGUGGAAGAGAUUUAAGGAUAGGCUGGCGAUUAUCUUCCACCACCACCAUCAUCAUCACCAUUAUGACGAAGGCAGUGAUGAUCAGAAAAAAAUGAGCCACAGCAAACCUCUACAGAAGAACACGGGGAAAAACUUUCGUUCCAGGAGGGAAGCCGAGGCUUAUGAGGAACAAGCUGUUGAAAAGCUCGGGAAAUCUUUGAUCCGCGACAGACCUGGUAAAAAUCAACGCAAACAUUUUCACGGGCUGAUGGGAGGCCUACUUAGGCAUGUCAAGCAUUCAAAAAGGUCAAAACCAGCUACAGACAGCAUUCCACAGUUAGGUAAAGGCCAGCAUGGUGCGAAGAAGCCUUUAAAGAAAUCGAAUUGGUGGCAAUUGCUGCAACACCACAGAGGAUCGAAAUUUCCCAACAAACCGCCACAUGUGAAGCUUGGAUUGAAGAAAAAGAAAGCCCAUUUGAGAGUACCGAAGAUAAAAUGAGUUAAAACUUUUUUUUUAUUUCUAUUAUCCUCUUAUUUGUUGAUUACAAGAAUCAGAUCACUUACAAAAUGAUAUAAUGUAAUUGUGUUGAAGAAAUUUGAAAUAGCUUGUAGGAGAACAAGGAUGUAUGGUUACCUACAUUCAAUUUACAUAUCCUCACUUUUUUCCA